AUGUGCAUGGUCCUCUAUGGUUACGAUGCCUCGGUCUUCAACUCUCUCCAGGGCUCAAACAAUUGGCUGGCCUACUUUGAUCUCGAUCCCGAUCAAGACACAUAUAGAAUCGGUUUGAUCAACACGGCAUAUACGAUCGGUGCCAUCGUUUCUGGCUUUUUCCUAGGCGGGCCCACUGCCGAUUACUUGGGAAGACGAUGGGGCAUGUUUAUUGGCUGUCUCUUCACCGUCAUCGCUACCUUUAUACAGGCCUUUUCUCCAAGACACAACCUCGGUUGUUUCAUCGCCGGCCGUGUCCUUAUUGGCAUUGGCCAAGGCAUGGCUCUGACUGCUGGGCCCGUCUAUAUAGGCGAGAUGGCCCCGCCACAAAUCCGCGGCGUUAUCAUGGCCUUUUGGCAGCUCUUCUACUCUGUUGGGUCCUUUAUCGCAUACUGGAUCAACUAUGCCUGCUCCCUCCACCGCAGUGCUCUUGGCGAAUGGGAUUGGAAGAUGGUGGUCAUCUUCCAGAUCAUGGUCCCUAUAAUCAUCAUGGUCCUACUGCCCUUUCAGCCCGAAUCGCCACGUUGGCAUAUCCAAAAGCGCGGUGAUGUCGACGCUGCCAAGGCGGCCCUCUCCAAGAUUCGUGAUACGGAACAAGAGGUUGAUGACGAGGUCAUGGCGAUCCGAGAAGCGCUCGAGUACGAAAAGGAAGCCAUCAGCCACAACUAUGCCGCUUUGUUCAAGGAUCCCUCAGUGCGCAAACGACUAUACCUCGCGUUCAUCAUCAAUGUUGGCCAGCAGCUUACCGGUCAAGGGACACUUAAUAGCUACUCCACAGCCAUCUAUAAGAAGGUCUUUACAUCAACUCAAACGAUCAACCUUAUCAACGCUCUUAACGCCACAUUUGGAAUCUUGUUCACGCUCAAUGCAACAUGGACAGCUGACCGGUUUGGUCGUCGCUGGCUGUUUAUAGUUGGUGCUAUCGGCAUGGGCCUCUGCAUGAUGAUCGUCCCUGUCAUCGGACAGACCACUCCUGACAUUGAUGGCACCAAGUCCAAAUCUGUCGGUAUAUCUAUUGUAUUCCUGCUUUUCCUAUUCAUCUUCUUCUAUAAGCCAUCAUGGGGCGCUACGACCUGGAUCUGGACCUCUGAGAUUUUUAGUAUGAAUGUCCGCGCCCAGGCCAUCGGAAUGUGUUCGCAGAUGCAGAAUGUCGCCAAUACCAUUUUCCAGCAGUUCUUCCCAACCUUUCUGAAGAACGAGGGUCUCAAGUGCCUUUACUUCUUCAUGGCUACGAACAUCUUCCUCGCCACCUUUGUCUACUUCUUCAUCCCCGAGACUAAGCAGAUUCCACUUGAGGAGAUUGACGUUCUUUUUGGCGGCGCCAACCACGUUGACAAGGGUGCUCAGAUACUUGGCGUUCCCGACGGCCAGCGCAAUGCCGAAUAUAUUCCGGAGGAGCACAAAAAUGGUACAGGUCGGGAGAUUGUUGAACUUGAUCGGAUUUGA